UUCCCAAGGCAAAGCCAAGUCUCUUCCCAACAUCAGCAUACUCGGAGUGUGGUUUGUUGAGCGAUUUGGGCUGGUUCUGAGAGCUAGCAGUGCGAAUGGCAAGUUGUCCUCCCAGUCACCUUCUCCAUUUAGGCAGAACUGGUUGAUGAAAUGUCCAUAAACUUGGUGGCUUCUUUCCAGAGGAGCAUUACCUUGAGGAUGGUACGGAGCAGUGAAAAUUUGUUUUAUUUUUAGCAGUUUUGCAAUUGCAGCUAUUACGGCAGAUGUGAAGUUGGCUCCUCGGUCACUUAGCAGCUCAAGUGGGAUGCCAUAUCUUGAAAUUAUUUUGUCGACCAGGUGCCAGCCGACAGUGACUGCAUCGAUGUCAUGGACUGCUGCUGCUUCUGGGUACCGUGUGAAGAUGUCAACGAAGGUUAAGAUGUACCUGUUUCUUUUCCUCGAGAGUGGCAGAGGUCCUUUUACGUCAAAAGCAAUUCUCUGCAACCGCCAAACAAUGGGUGCUGUUGGUCUAGAGGAUGCAGUGCUCUCUCACUGCUUUGUGCCACCCUGGCCAGUAGAAUCUUUUCUUUAUGUCAUAGAACAUUCGGAAGCCUCCUUUGUGCGCGCCAGCUGGCAGGUCAUGGCACAUGUGGAGGACUCGUUGGACCAUUUCUUGGGGCACACACAGCCUUGGGCCCUCUUGGUCUUGGAAGAACAAAAGUCCAUCAUCGUCCACAAAGUACGGAGAGCUCUCGAGUUCUGGUUUUUGUUUCAGGGUGAACAACACCUUGCUGCAGUGUUCAUCAGUUUGCUGGGCCAGUUUGAUUGCUGCUCUGUCCCACGUUUUCAUCAUUUCAUCGCCGUUCAGCGUGUCCAGGACGGCGGCUAUGAUUUCGGUGUCGAUCAUGACGGCGUCCACCUCGAUUCGAGACAGGGCGUCUGCAACAACGUUUUUGCGACCUGGUACCACCUGCACGGUGUAGUCGUACUCGGCUAACUCCAUUACCCAGCGAGCAAGGCGUGCUUUGGGCUCUUUUAAGCCGAGCAGCCAUCGGAGGCAGCUGUGGUCGGUCUGCAAAGUGAAGUGGCGGCCUUUCAAGUAGAUGGAGAACGCUCGGACACCGAAGAUACAGGCAAAGCACUCUCUCUCUGUGGUGCUGUAGUUCUGUUCUGCUUUGCUGAGUUUUUGGCUGGCGAACGCAAUUGGGUGGCGGCCAUCCUCAAAGUCCUGUUCAAGGGCCGCUCCAAGGGCGGUGCCUGAGGCGUCGGUGCUGACGAUGAAGGGUCGCGUCAUGUCUGGAAGGUGCAGGCAGGGCUCAGUGGCGAGCGCGGCGUUGAUGGUGAUGAAGGCCUUGUUGCACAUGUCCGACCAGACAAAGUCGACGUCUUCUUUGAGCAGCUCCGUGGCCGGGCCAAUUUUCUGCGAAAAGCCCUUGAUGUAGCGCCUGUAGAAGUUGACCAUGCCAAUCCAGCUUCGGAGGGCCUUCUUGUCCUGUGGGGUUGGGUAGUUGUUGAUGGCCAGGACCUUCUUUGGGUCGGGCCUGGUGCCUUCUCCGGACACAAUGUGACCCAGGACUGAAACUUCUUUCAGUGCGAAGAAACAUUUUGACGGUUUGAGUUUCAAUUUGGCGCUGCGGAGGCGCUCAAAGAGCCAUACUAAUUUUUCUAAUAAUUCUAUUAUGUGUUUUG